AUGCCUCGAAUGAACUGGUUGUGGCGGUGGCGACAAAACAGCACCGACGACGAGGCUACUAUCUCGACUGUGGAAUCCUCAGACACCAAGAAGAAGCCUGAGCACGUUGUGAUCCAGUCGUCUAGUCGACCCCGUUCACAAGUACCAUGUCGACAUGCGUCGUGGGAUGAACUCCCAUCUGUGACGGCAAACAAUGGACUACAACACAGCACGUGCAAACUUCGGCGUCGAUUUACGAUUCACGGCCUCUCUUACCGCUGUGCUAGUCAUGAGGAUGCAGGUUGGAACUGUAACUUCGCGCCAAAAGGUCAUCAUCAUCAUUCAUGGCCCUCAGCGUCGCUAAGUCAAGGUCGCCCAAGGUCAUUUGGAUCAGGCCGAACCCUGCGGGCCUCCACCUUUCCACUCGUUCCGAAUAAUUACCCGUCAAUUAUUUUCAUUGACUGUCCACCAUAG